GGCAUGGCAGAAUCCGAAGGUUUUUACGAAAGUAUCGGAGUGUAGUGUUGCGACCGGAGUGACAUAUAUCUCGUGAAACACAGAAGAGAACAGAUAUAUUGAUCAGCCAGUUCGUAGCACAAAGAAAGUCAGCAUGAGACCACCACAGUUUGGAGCAGACAUCACUAAUCAAGCCAACAAUGAACCAAACUUACCUGCAGUGAUGCAUUGCACACGUAUGGCAGGAAGAGCCAUUAUCAGGGUUGUUGGAAGAUGCAAUGACGCUCAAGAAAAUAACAAUCUGGAUCUGUCAGAAUGCCAACUGAUGCAGGUGCCAGAUGCUGUGUACCAUUUGAUGCGCCACACAGCACUCAAGGGCUGCAAUCUAUCCAGCAAUGUCAUCACCAAGAUACCACCAAAGUUUGCAGUUAAAUUCUCAUUGAUUACAAACUUAAAUCUCUCCCACAAUCAGAUGAGUAAAUUACCCGAGGAGCUGGCAGAUUUGGCAGAACUGGAGAGACUUGAUAUUUCCCACAAUGCAUACAUUGCUUUGCCACAUGUUGUUUACAAGAUGCCCAAGUUGUCACACCUGCAUGCACAGAACAACCAUAUUGUUGAUGUAGAGGUAGAACGAUUACAGGAGACACCCUCACUGCAAGAAGUGGAUCUGACGGAUAAUCCACUGAGCCCCCGAUGCCAUGACGCCCUCCAGACAGUGACAUCACUGAGGAUACACCUUAGCCCAAGACAGCUAGAGGACUGGGAAGACCUUACUGUGUAGGGUGUUAGCAUUUGCUCACUUUGGAGUAAUUCUGGGCCAGCCCAUGCACAACAUUCUGGGCACAGUCCUAGCACAGUUCUCCCACCUCAGGGAACAAAAUUGUUAACUAAUCCUGGUAUUCUAGUCCAGUCAUGCUGUCAGAACUUACCAAGUCGAGUGAUGGCAGAAUGUGGAACGUCAUGGGUUCUGUCACAGAUCUGAGGCCUAAUUGCAGUAACAUAUUGUUAUCUUUGUGUCAGUUCAUUUCAUAACAUUAAGUAAUACACAAAUUUUCUGAAAGAUUGGAUGUGUAGAAAUAUAGGCAUAAACUCUGUUCAUGGAUGAUUCAGUUUAAACAUAUAUCUUUAAUUUCUGAUGGUAACCAGAAUACCACAUAAGUAAACUCAGAAAGUAAUGUCAAAAUCUCAUCUGUAAUUAGGUCUCCAGUGAUAAUUUUAGCAGUGUUGAUAUUAUGUGAAUUUGUUGAGCUAUGCUGUAUUGCUCAUACAUACAUUUUAUACUAUUUGAUGUCUUUUAUCAUCUAAUUAAAUAUUAUUUUAUUGUUGUUAUAACAGUGUUUUUUAUUACUUUAUAGACUGUAUAGAAUAAUGAUUAACAAUUUUGAGCAAGUACAUGAUCCUCCAAGAGGAAAGUGCAAUACAAAGCUUGCAAAUGUGACUAUUUUUUUACCAAAUAAUGCAUGACACAUUGUGAAAUUCACUUAAUAAUGACAUUCAAAGAUUAAAUAAGGUAAAUGUAGAAGAUAUAUUGUAGUUUUUAACUGAAACUUGUUAGAAGAGUUUUAUAAAAAUUUAAAUAAUCAGAAUUGGAAUCUAUAAUUAUAUCAUUAUUUUUGAAUAAUGAUUUUAAUCUGAAACAUAAAAUUUACAAAUUAAUUCUGUAUAUCAGUCUUACAUGUAAUUUAAUCACACAAAAUAAAAUAUCUGAUAGAUUCCAAAAGUGACAGAUGGAUUGUUGUGUGUUUAGAGCACUUAAUGUAAUUACCUUUUAUAUUUAUUAAAGUGGUACAAAUAUUUGCAACUAUACCUAUUAAUACAAAAAAGUGAAAAAAACUCAUUGAUAUAUCUUUACAGAAUUUGAGAGUAACUGAUUCCAAAGUAAAUAUGGCUAAUCCAAUAAGUAGCAUGGUGUGUAGGUAGGAAUAAGGAUAGCCAAUCAGUCCCUAGAUAUCUACAGAUCUAUGGGUAGUCAGUGAGUGUUGCAUUUUAUAGUGAAUCACUGAGGGCAUUGAUAUUGUUAUUCUGAGCAAUCUGCAUUUCCUUUUAAGGCAAAAGAAAAGAAUCAUCUUGCUAUAUUUUGAUAUAAUACAAGGACUCCAUAUAAGGGACAGUUAAAAUAAUAAGCUUAAUAUACAUAAAGUAUGGCAUUUAGUAAAUGUUUUUCAAAACGUUUUGUGAUAAUGGAUGAUUUAUUAUACUAAUUUCAUGUUGAAAAUUCUCCAUCAGCUGAGUUACCCUUAAAAUGUACAAUGUUUUGGGAGUUGGAUCUACUUUCAUCUUCAGCAGACUUGUUUGUUUAUUAUUAAUACUUGGUGGAGAGAACUGAAUUGAAACCAUGAUAUUUAGAAUACUAAUGCCUAUAUGCUAACCACUAGAGUACUGGGGUGGCACAAAUAUACAAAUAAAAAGUAAUAAAACAUGUAAAUACAGUGGCAACCAAUCAUAUAAGUAUACAAGUAUAACUAACUCCCAAAAUGUCAUGUAUGCCUAUAUCAGAUACACCUCAAACAAUGGACAAUAUUCAACAUCAUAAUAGUGUAAUUUAGUGAUGAUCUCAUAGAUGUCACCGUUUCAAAAUUAUCGUAUAAUGAAACAGACCUGUAACAAAAAUAACUGCAAUUUGUGAAAUAUUAUUUUCAAAUCAUAUUAUUGUGUUGCUUAUAUACUUUUAUAUUAAAUGAAAUAUGCUUUAAUUUAUGGCAUUCAAAGAAACAUAAUUUUCACAGUAUUAACCUUUGUCAUACAGGAACAGGAUUUAAAUCCCUGUAUUAUGGUGCUACCAGCUGAACUUCAAAUCUAGGGUAAAGUGUACAGAAGUACACUACUGCAGCACAUGGACAUCUGGAGUGCAUGUAACUGAUCAUGCAUGGCCAAUAAAUAUUCAUUUUCCGUAACUGAAUCCACCAUAAGAUAACCAAUUACAUGAAAGUGUGUUUUCCUGUUAUUAAAGCUGGGGAUGGAAUGCCAUUGUGACAAAAGAAAAUUUUGCUGCUAAUGGCAAUUAAAUGAGUGAAUGUGUUUAAACACUACAUGACUUGGUUGGCAAUGGUGGUUCACCAGAGUAUAUCAAUGUCCUAUAAAAUGAUCAGCAAUUAAUCUGUGAAUACUGCAGAGAUGUCAUGGUGAAUGGACAUUUCCCUCUGGUAUAAAUACUUGAGUACAACAAUGUCCCUUCUUGGAAAUAUUUAAUUGAUAAUGAAAGUUUAGAUUUCUGGUAGUAUCUACAGUGGAAAAGUUAUUUACAUAUGUUAAAAUGUAGCAAGGAAACAAAGUAUGCAAAUCCUUUGGUGAAUAUGUCAGUGUUGGUCUUCUGGAGGCCUUAUUUUCCUCAGAAAUGUUGGUAUCAAUCUGCAAGCCCACGUGGUGUUACAACCGCUCAACAUAAAUGGAGAUGCUGCCAUUCCUACUUACAACCACUUGUACAGUUUUGUUGCCUGAUAAACUGAAGUGCAUAUAGGCUAUCUGUGGGGGGGGGGGGUUCCUUAUCUUCAAGUUUCUCUAUCCACAAUGUUAUUGCAUUACUUUUCAGUCCAUUGCAGGUUAUUUUUAUAUACAUAAUUCUUGGAAACUCUUAUUUAUACUGUUUGAUUCAGCAUUUAUUUUCAUCCUCUUUGAUUUUAAUUUAUCCUGCUCUUUUUCCCUUGCCAUUUCUGAUGUCUAUUUCAGCUCAUCAUCAGAACUAGUCUGAUACUAAUAUAACAAUUAUUUAAUACAUACACAUACAUAACCAUUCUGUUAGUACAUAUAACAACCUCUCAAAUUCUUGAGAAAAUUAAGAUUUUAAUUAUUUUCACCUUUCUUUACCAGUCAAAAUAAUGUGGAGUGAAAUAAUGGUCCCAUUGUCUUUCAAAAAGAGAAAAUAAGACAGAAUGCAUUAAUUAGCAUUAACUGAGUUUAGUUUUCAAAGCAGUAUCUCCAUUGCAUGCUCAAAAAUUCCUUAAGAAAACAUUUAUUAGUUUAAUGAACUAAUCAGAGUAUUGGUUUAAAUGAGAAGCCCAUCCUGUCCCAUUGCCACAAAUAACAUUUUAUGACAAAGAACUAUACACAUACUGUGCGAUCUUUUCCUUAGUUUUAUAUAUUUUUAUAAACACCUUGCAAACAUUUUUAAUAUUUAAAAUGGCGCACAGUGUCCAGUUUAAUCUUGAUAUAUAAGAGUGUGAUGCACUGUCAGUGAAUGUUAGUCACUUUAACAUUUUCAUUUUGUUAUAUUUUCAACUGCUUUGCUGUAAAAGUCAAAUUGCUUUCUCCAAAUGUGCCUUAAUCUGAUAAAGCUAGGCUGUUUAAAAUGUUGGACACAUGCACUUGAAACGGUGGACGAAGGUUACUAUAAUCAGAAAUCUCAGGAACUAAAAAUGCUUGUAUUGGUUUCAGAUCACUGUCAAUUUUAAAACAAAAUGCAAGCAAGUGAAAUCCCAAUAAUCAUUUUAUAAACAUAUGCAGUGCUUCUGUCUUUUAAGCUGCAUACACACCAGAGUUUCUGAAAAGUGUGUGUGGAGCACCCAAUAUGUAAGGGCACUGUGCGUUCACAGCUCAUGCAUAGUGUGUGUGCUACAUACAGCACCAAAGCGACGUUCACUCUGAAACACUACAUGUCCACUUUGGUGUGGACGCAUUUACUGUUCGGCACACACCAGUUACAUUCAUACCUUUGAAUUUCAUUAUUGUUUGUGUGCAUGUACCUUUAUUCUAUACCACAUUUAAAUAGACUGCAAGUAUUUAAUCUUCCCAGAACUCAAGAUCAGUUGUGUAAUGAAAGUAAGGGAUAAAAAAUGCAUAACUACAUAUACAAUAAGAGCCAGGUAUAUCAGUCCGUAAAGUGACUGGGUAUGAGCUGGCUGACCUGGGUUCAAUGCCUGGCAGCACAAGGGGUUCCUUCUUUACCAACUUGUCAAGAUCAAUUCUGGAGCCCACCUGCCCUAUACAAUAGGUACAAGGGGCCAGAGUGCAUGAGCUAACCUCUACUCUGUCAUAUGCCUUCAUGGAGCAAUCCUUAUUUAAGCAGUGACAACUUUAUCUUUUCAUGCAGAAAAGUAAUAUUAAUAACCACUAUGUGAUUUUAAACAUUCAUACGGUUAGUUAGGUAAGUUUAUUCUAUGCAUGUACACAAAACAAGAGCAUUUCCAGUGUUCACCCUUUCCCAAAAGUUAUACAAGAUAGGGUUUCUUUUUGCAGAAUGUUAUAUCACAGCUUAAUUUGUAAUUCACUUAAUACUGCAGCCAGCCAACCUACAAAUAUCAUGUUAAAUUACCAUAUUUUCUACACUGCAUAAGUAAUACGAGUAUGUUGCUACAUCCAUUCAUUUGUAUGUAUAACAUUUUGUCCAAGUAUUCUAUCAGCCAGGCUAAUCAGGAUAAAAUUACUGUAAAGUCAAAACUUGUAGUAUGUCUUGUUUGCUUCCUUAGCACUUAUUAUGGAAGGAAUUGCUUUGUUUAAUUUAUAAAAUAUUCUAAUUUAUGAGACAACUCAGUGACAUACAAUUCUUGAACUAACAUUGUCCAAUGUAUAAGGUUCUGUGUCACUGAUUCAUACAAUAAAUGGAUUUUGAAACUUUAACUUCCCACACAUCCAUAUUGAGCACAUUUAACAGCAUACUUAAUAAGAACUAUUUAUUACUGUUACUGUCAUAUGGAUGUAGCUUCUCAGAGAACCUUAUCAUGCAAUUUCAUGUGAACACAUAUUUAUCUGUACUUUAUAUUUAUCAGAAUAAAAUCUACAUUUUUAUGAA